AAGUGAUGUCAAGUAGGCGCCACACGCUGAAGGCUUUCCCCGCCCAUCCGGCGUCUGCUCUCUCUUUCCGGACCUGGCUAAGGAGGAGGCGCCAUCAUGGGAGUUGACAUCCGCCACAACAAGGACCGAAAGGUUCGACGCAAGGAGCCUAAGAGCCAGGACAUUUACCUGAGGCUGUUGGUCAAGCUGUACAGGUUCCUGGCCAGACGAACCAACUCCACCUUCAAUCAGGUUGUCCUAAAGAGAUUGUUCAUGAGCCGCACCAACCGGCCACCGCUCUCCCUUUCCCGGAUGAAGAUGAAACUUCCUGGCCGGGAAGGCAAAACAGCUGUGGUCGUGGGAACGGUAACUGACGAUGUUCGUGUCCAGGAGGUGCCCAAGCUGAAGGUGUGUGCUCUGCGAGUAAGCAGCCGCGCUCGGAGUCGCAUCCUCAAGGCUGGGGGCAAGAUCCUCACCUUCGACCAGCUGGCCCUGGACUCCCCCAAGGGCUGCGGCACCGUCCUCCUCUCGGGUCCUCGCAAGGGCCGAGAGGUGUACAGGCAUUUCGGCAAGGCCCCAGGAACCCCGCAUAGCCACACCAAACCCUACGUCCGCUCCAAGGGCCGGAAGUUCGAGCGCGCCAGAGGCCGACGAGCCAGCCGUGGCUACAAAAACUAACCCGAGAGUCUACCUUGUUAUUAAAAAGAUUUUGGAUGCUAA